UCUCUCACUAAUAACAUCCUGUUACCAGACACCACAGGACAUCCUCAGAAGGACCAUGUCCAUUCUCCGAUGAGCCACAACUGUUCUGGAGGCAGCUACGCAAUAUUACGAAGAUGGUCAUAGUUUUAUACCCGAUCGUACGUUUGCGACUGAGAUUCACAUCCGGCUCCUUGGUUUUGCCCACGUUCAGUUGGAGGUAGUUUCCCUGGCAGCAGACAGACCACAAAGUCUUGAAUGAGUCCUCUGUGUUCUCCGUCUUGGCCAUCCUGGAUGACAGCUGAGUAAUCAAAGUUCUGCAAAUGUCAGCUGGUUGAGAGGUGUCUGGAGUCAGCAGUGUGGAGGAGAAAAGGAAGGUAGCCAGGACUAUAUAUUCAUAUAAAUAUUUAUAAAAGGCCUGAUGACUGUAUGCCACAGUCUCCUUUGCAAAGCUGAUGCCAAGAAGGAGUAAAAUGUUGCAUUGUUUUUUUUUUAUUUAUUUAUUUUUUUUAAUUAAAUGUAGAUAAGUAGAAGUUUAAAAUGGAAUUAAUCAAAUAAAGUACCUUAAAACUGAACUGGAAUAGGGCGUAUGAGCAAAAGUACUAAUUUCAGAAAGACGUACUGCCGAGUAAAGACAACACUUCCGCGUCAAACGCGGAAGAGGUGAACCCAGAGUCAGUCACCGCUGUAGAAACAGCCCAAACCGUUUGGAGGCAUCCUGCUCCGCCCUCACCCUCAUCAUCAUCAUCGCCACCACCACCGCCACCACCGCCGCCGUACAGUAAGCGCAGCUCAUAACGGGAGGCAGCUCCGGUAGUCAGGGCAGCCAGCAGCCAGCAGCAGCAGACAGCGACUUGUUUCUGACCCGAAAACAAGCAUGUCAGUACGAAUGAGGAAAAAGUUGUCAGCGUGGGGCAGCAAAGCGAAAAUAGUUCGGGAGAAGAUGUGAAGGGCAAGACGAAAAUGGGAAAGAAUAACGAGGCGACGGUGGUCUUGUCGAGUCGUUAGCUCAUGCCCGUCCACGUCGACUCUGAGCCGGACUAAAUCAACCAGACUCGGUCCCGUGUCGAAUUUGGGGAACUCCAGCAGCCACAACACCUCAGCACAAGCGGAGUAGAUGUUUUUUCCGAGGAGCACAUGGCCUGUAUCCUGCUGACAGACAUGGACCCGCCCACCUCCAGUCCAACGGCACAUUACACUGGAGACCUCGCUGAGCACGACUCGGCCAUCGGACUCGACCCCAAGCAGGAGAUGGACGCCACCUGUUUGAGAGUCCACCUGUACCACCUGGGGAAGGACAGAGGAACGGGUGGGACCAGCCGUUCAGAAAGCGCGCUCACGUUUCCACCUGGAGAAUAUGUAGCAGAGGAACUGUGCAUCACAGCAGCGAAAACAUGUGGGAUUUGCCCAGUGUACCUCAGCUUGUUUGGCCUAAUGAGGGAAAGUGACAGGAUAUGGUUCCCUCCUAAUCACAUCUUUAAACUGCAGCCCUCAUCCAAUGAGAACCUGCUGUUCAGAAUCCGAUACUAUUUUCCUGGCUGGUAUGACAACAGCAGUUCAUCCUGUGCCCAUCGCUACGGCUUGUCCAAAGGAAUGGAAAGCCCUGUGAUGGAUGACUGUGUCAUGGCAUACCUGUUUUCUCAGUGGCGUAGCGACUUUCUCAACGGCUGGGUUCUAAUCCCAGUGAGUCAUGAGGCCCAGGAGGAGUGUCUGGGAAUGGCCGUGCUGGACAUGAUGAGGCUCGCCAAAGAGAGCGGCCAGUCUCCAGUGGACAUCUACAACGACACCAGCUACAAGCGCUUCCUGCCCGAAUGCAUGCAGAGCCGCAUCCAGAAAUACAACUUCUUGACUCGGAAGCGGAUCCGCUAUCGCUUCAAGAGGUUCAUCCAGCAGUUCAGCGAGUGUAAGGCCACGGUGUGUAAUCUCAAGCUCAAAUACCUGAUGAACCUGGAGAUGCUGCUGCCCUCUCUCUACUCCGAGCGCUUCCAAGUCACCGACCUCUCUUCACGAGAGGUUACCAUCGUUGUCACGGGCAACAAAGGCAUCCAGUGGUCAAAAGGGAAGGAGGAGGAGGGAUCAGAGGAGGAGCUGCAGACGUACUGCGAUUUCCCAGAAGUGAUUGACAUCAGCAUCAAACAGGGCAAUAAGGAGGGCUCGGCAGAGAGUCGCAUAGUUACCCUCACAAGGCAGAACAACCAGAUCCUGGAAGUGGAGUUCCACUCGCUCUCAGAGGCCCAGUCUUUUGUGUCAUUAGUCGAUGGAUAUUACAGACUGGUCGCCGAUGCCCAUCACUACCUCUGUAAGGAGGUGGCUCCACCAAGACUUCUCGAGUACAUCCAGAGCUACUGCCACGGACCCGUGUCGAUGGAAUUUACAAUUAGUAAGCUACGUCGCUCUGGUAAUCACCAGGGCCUCUACAUCCUUCGGUGCAGCCCCAAGGACUAUGACAAAUACUUCAUGUCCUUUGUGGUGGGGUACGAAGCUAUGGUGGACUAUAAGCACUGUCAGAUUUCAAGGACGGAGUCAGGAGAGUACAUCCUGAGUGGUGCCAAGAGGAGCUUCGGUUCACUCAGGGAGCUCCUGCAUUGCUACCAAAAGGAGGCGCUUCGCUCUGAUGGGUACACAUUUCAGCUGGCCAGGUGCUGCCCACCCAGCCCCAGAGAUAAAUCCAACCUGCUGGUGUGCAGAAACAACCAUGGGGCAGAUGUUCCUCUUUCUCCCUCUCUCCAAAAACACACCAUCAGCCAGAUGGUCUUCCACAAAAUCCGAAAAGAGGACCUUGUCAUCAAUGACAGUCUGGGCCAGGGAACAUUCACCAAGAUCUUUUGCGGUGUGAGAAAGGAGCUGGGAGACUACGGAGAGAUCCACCAGAUAGACGUCGUCGUCAAGAUCCUGGACAAGGCCCAUCGCAACUUUUCAGAGUCAUUCUUCGAGGCAGCCAGCAUGAUGAGCCAGCUUUCGUACAAGCACUUGCUCCUCAACUACGGAGUGUGUGUUUGUGGAGACGAGAACAUGAUGGUGCAGGAAUACGGCAAAUUUGGUUCGCUUGACAUCUACUUGAAAAAGAACAAAAGUUGUGUUAACAUCACCUGGAAGCUAGAAGUGGCCAAGCAGCUGGCCUGGGCAAUGCACUACCUGGAGGACAAGAACCUCAUUCACGGCAACGUUUGUGCCAAGAAUGUUCUUCUGAUCAGAGAGGAGGAUCGGAAGACGGGAAGUCUGCCCUUCAUCAAGCUCAGUGACCCUGGUAUUAGCAUGACUGUGUUGCCCAGAGAAGUCCUGGUGGAGCGUAUCCCGUGGGUGCCUCCUGAGUGCGUUGAAAACCCCCAAAAUCUGAGCUUAGCUACGGACAAGUGGGGCUUCGGCACCACCCUUUGGGAGAUCUGCAGUGGGGGAGACAAACCGCUCAGCACACUGGACAGUUCGAAGAAGUACUUGUUCUACGAAGACAGACACCAGCUGCCGGCUCCCAAAUGGACAGAGCUUGCCAAUCUGAUAAACAGCUGCAUGGACUAUGACCCUUCACACAGACCCUCCUUCAGAGCAAUCAUCAGGGAUCUCAACAGCCUCUUCACACCUGACUAUGAACUGCUGGUGGAGAGCGACAUGGUGCCCAACAGGACACGAGGCUUCGGCUUCCCGUGGGCUUCCGAGUGCCAGGAGCCCGCCCAGUUCGAGGAGAGGCACCUCAUCUUUCUCAAGCAGUUGGGCAAAGGGAACUUUGGCAGCGUGGAGAUGUGCAGGUACGACCCCCUGCAGGACAGCACUGGAGAGGUGGUGGCUGUGAAGAAGCUCCAGCACAGCACAGCGGAGCACCUCAGGGACUUUGAGCGGGAAAUCGACAUCCUCAGAUCCCUUCAGCAUGAAAACAUUGUCAAAUACAAAGGAGUGUGCUACAGUGCAGGACGAAGGAACCUCCGGCUGAUCAUGGAGUAUCUCCCGUUUGGCAGCUUGAGGGAUUAUCUCAUGAAACACAAGGGCCGCUUUGACUCCAAAAAGCUGCUGCACUAUGCAUCGCAGAUUUGCAAGGGUAUGGACUACCUUGCCACUAAGCGCUACAUUCACCGAGACCUGGCCACUAGAAACAUUCUGGUAGAGAGCGAGAUGAGGGUUAAGAUUGGUGAUUUUGGCCUGACCAAGGUGCUGCCGCAGGACAAAGAGUACUACACCGUCAGAGAGCCUGGAGAAAGCCCCAUCUUCUGGUAUGCUCCAGAGUCGCUGACGGAGAGUAAAUUCUCUGUGGCAUCAGAUGUUUGGAGUUUCGGUGUCGUCCUCUACGAACUCUUCACCUACAGUGACAAGAACUGCAGCCCCCCAGCGGUGUUUAUGGACAAAAUGGGGAAUGAAAAGCAGGGCCAGAUGAUCGUCUAUCAUUUGAUCGACUUGUUGAGGGAUGGAUACAGGCUACCUGCUCCUGAUGACUGUCCAAAGGAGAUUCACAAGAUUAUGAUGGAGUGCUGGAACGGCGAUCCGAAAUUGCGUCCUUCUUUCAAGACAUUAAUCCAGAGUGUGGAGGUCGUACGGGAAGGCAUGGACGGAUGAGCACCACUGGUCUCUACACCUUUGACCUUUAGGCCUCACAUACCUUCACAGAACCAUGAAGCGUCUGGCUCUACUACAGCAACUGAUGGCGGCAUUCAGUCUCUUAGCAGUUUGGUGCUUCUGUUUCAACGGCCAUGUGAAGUAUACGUACAGAUCACCUGUUUAGUGACUACACUACUUCAGACUCCAGCACCAAACAGAAGAUUAUUUCCAAUGCCUCUGGGAACAUAUAAGGAUUGAAUGGAAGGGUAUUAAUCUGAAUAGGCCUCCAGUUACAGGUGAGUAUCAGGUCAUUUACGGACCCCUGUCCACAGAAGUUUCUAACAGAAGCCUGCCAGUCACUUGAGGAACUGAGGAAGCCGCUCUAUGAGUGGCCCGUUUCCCUUUGUUUUGGACACCAUGUCUGGGAUAACGGAAACCAUUCAAAGACUCACUACUUGAACCAAGAAUGUAUCAACAAGCAGCAGUUACUGUUGUAAAAUAACUAGUUGUUUUUUUUUCUUUCUUUUUAAACCAAAGAAGCCAUGGGAUUCUUAACAGCAGCCAGACUUUUUUUUUUCCACAACACUGAGCCAUGUUGUGCAUGGCUGCACUCGCUCGUGCGUGUACUUUCAUGAAUGACUGAAACUGAGCAGGUUUUCCCCUGCCCAGGCCCACAGAGAAUUUUUGUUGACUUUCUAAUAAAGGACUAAUAAAGACUUUGUGUAAAGCACCGGCUGCACUCCUGUUACAAGGUGACCAUCGUGAGUCAGACCUCUGGACUUUUACAUUUUUUUUUUUUUUUUUUUUUUAACAGAGAUGUAUUACACAACGAGAACUGUCCUCAGAGCCGGCGGAGCGAUUGAGUGAUUAUUUGCUACGUUUCAUUUGCAGAACUGAGACUGAAGUUAACGCCGACUGCCGUUUUGUUUGUUUACAUCCUUUUAUGCAGUGUGGAAACAUAUUGGAGAGAGAUCUCUAAGAAGCGGGUAUUCAGUCACAUCGCAUCAUGGACUCUCUCUCUGCUGAUGAUAUUUCCUUUGUAUUUAAUCAUUAAAGGGCAUAUAUUAUAUGCGUACUGUAGAUAUCUAAUAUGAAGCAAGUUCAUGUUUGAGGGAUAUGAGAGGAAAGUAACAGAGAGGUGCUUUUCAUUUCUCGCCGGAGCUCGUUUUCGGCCAUGGCUUUAUUUAAAAAAUGUAUUUCACUCGUGCUCAUUCCAAUAUUUUGACUUUGUUUUACAGCCAUUGAAGAGGUUGUGAAUAUGUUGAAUGUUCCAAAUAUAUGCAUUACAUUACCAGCCACAGAUGUAUCAGUGGUCACCAGGGAUUUGUUUUUGUUUUAUUUGAAUGUUUGAGACUUGAUGUACUGAACUUUGAUGAGUGACGGUCGCUGAUUAUUUGUGGAACGGCAACUUUCUUUCUGAUUUUCCGACUUAAAUUAAACUCUGAAAGAUGGUUUCCUGUCAUUAAAGGCAGGUCACGCCCACAAAAAAAAAACACAUUCUUAACAAAGAGUCACUGUAAAGACCUGCGUGUCUGUAUGCUCACAAGCUUGAACUUCAUUGUGGACACUAUUUAUACAGAUAUGAUCAUCCUGAGUAUUUGUUUUCGUUUUGCUUCGACGAGGAUUGUCAGUUUAGUCUGGUUUGCUGUGACCCCUGCAGCGACAAAUCCCUCCCAAUCCCUUUUAUUCAGAUCAUGUUUAUGAUAUAUUGCUGUGUAACCUUGUGAAAUGUUCAAAGAUUUUCAUAAAUAGAGGCGAUGUCCGACCACACUGAA